AUGGAUGGAGAACCUUGGUACCAUGACAUUGUGAGGUAUCUCAAAGAAAGAGAUUAUCUAGAAGGCAUAGGCAAUAUUCAAAAGAGAACACUGCGGAGACUCGCAAACCACUUUUUCUUAAGUGGAGAGAUCCUUAAUAGAAAGACUCUAGAUUUAGGGCUAUUAAGGUAUGUUGACUCCCGAGAGGUGAGCAAGUUGAUUGAAGAAGAUUCUGUGAGCUGGAUAUUUCUGGAUGACCAUGGAAACAAACUGCAUCCGUUUUGUGAGAAAAUGUCAUCAAGUCAUAUUCACGGUGAUUUGAUUCAGGUUUCAUCAAAUGAAAUCAAUGUGACGAGUUCCCCUUGGCCAUUCGCAUCCUGGGGCAUGGAUGUCAUCGGUCCUAUCGAGCCAACCGCAUUAAAUGGAAACAAGUUCAUUUUGGUAGCUAUCGAUUACUUUACAAAAUGGGUAGAAGCAUCUUCAUAUAAGUCUGUGACGAAGAAGGUGGUGACAUAUUUUGUUCGCAAUAAUAUAGUUUGUAGAUUUGGCAUCCCUCAUUCAAUUAUAACAGAUAAUGGAGAUAAUCUCAAUAGCGGUUUGAUGCAUGAGAUAUGUGGGAAGUUCAAAAUUAUUCACCGCAAUUCCACUCCUUAUCGACCUCAGAUGAAUGGAGUAGUUGAGGCUGCCAACAAGAAUAUUAAAAGAAUAUUGCGGAAUAUGAUUGAUAAUUACAAGCAUUGGCAUGAAAAUUUUUCGUUCUCCCUCCUUGGCUAUCGCACCACAACUAGGACUUUGACUGGGCAACACCUUAUCUUUUGGUUUAUGAGAUAG